CCGGGGGCAGUUUUUCCCUCCUUGGCAACUUCUUUUCCUUGCAAUAUCUCCAGUGCCCACUUUCUCACUCCUCCGUGUCACUUUUCGGCGGUCCGAAGCGUUUUCCAGUUUCGAACAUUCGCUCACCAUUUAUCCGUCAUUUCCUAAGAACAGCCUCUCUCUCUUCCCCUCUCAGCAGCAGAUUCCAACUUUUUCUGCUUCUGCUUCUCACCGGCGACGAUGAAUGAGGUUAAGGAAGGCGAUCAUUAUUUUGCCAAUUUAGCAUAUGGAGGUUCUGAUGCUGGACAUAUAUGGGCUGAUCCUAAAGAAGACAAAGCGUCUGCACUAUAUUUUGAUGCAAACUUUGAGAAAGCAUUCAAGAUUGAUGAUAUAUCGUCAGUAUUUCAUUAUGAGCUACUUGCUGAAAACGGUGGGCUGACUUCGUAUAUGACAGAUGAAGGGAAAGGCAAAAUAUUAUGCAGUGAUUUUGACGGAAUUCUGCUUGAAGAUGAACUAACCAACCUGCCUCUAGCAGUCAGUAUCUCACGUGCAUCUGAAGACCACUACUUGGAUGUGGAUUUUGCUAAAAAGGUCCCUGAUCUGGAUUGUAAGUUCUAUGAUGAGUUGAGUGUUGGCACCUUGAGAUCUGAGGUCAACUCUCCAGAAACUAGCAAUGAAGAAGUUGGGGUAUCUGAAUCAUCCAUUAUAGCGCCUCGAUGUUUCAAUGAUCAAUUUGGAAAAACAACUGCUGAUGCAAUGCAUGGCAACUCUGGGAGGAAAUGUUGGUAUCAGAGACCUGUUGAGGAUAAUAUGGGUUUAAAAUGCUCGGUCACUUGUGAUAUUCAAGAUGUUCAGGAAACUAAUGAUGUUAGAAAUACUUUGGAGAUUGGAAGUUCAUUCGAUGAUGACGGAAAGAAAACACAUGUUUCUUUCACCUCUGUCAAAUCACUAUACGGUUCCGUUUGUACACAUGAUGAAGUUGGCCCACCACCGAGUCAAUGUACAGACGUGGAGGAUUUUUGUGCGGAUGACCCGUCAACUGACAGCUGUGCUGAAACUAAAAUAAUCAGAGCUAGACAAAGAAGAUUGUGCAGACCUCCACAGAGGUAUCUAGAUGGAUCGCCAUCAUUGAAUUUAAAACUUCAUAAUGCUAAGAAACAUCCUAGCAGCUUGUCAAAGGAUAAAGAUCUUGGAGUUGGGUCUCUGAAGAAGUAUCAUAGGAAAUCAGUGGAAAUAAAAGCGUCAAAGACCUGGGCAAGCGAUAUGGAACUUGAUUCAGAUGAAGAAUAUGAACCUGUUGAAUCUAGCUUCAAUAUCAGAAAUUUAAAAAGGAAUGAUCGGCGGAAGAGUUGCAAGGCCUGGACAUUGGAUGAGGUAGUAGCUUUGGUUGAUGGUAUGUCUCAGUUUGGUGUAGGACAAUGGACUGCUGUAAAGAGAACCUUCUUCUCAUCUUCACGUCGCACUGCUACUGAUAUCAGGGAUAAGUGGCGGAACCUUGUAAAGACUAACUGUAGAAGUUCAAAGGGAACAAAGGAUGACCAGAGGAAUUGCUCGCAUCUGUUGCCGGAGCCUGUAAUAGAACGAGUGAGGGAAAUUGCGAGCUCUCCUUCUCUGAAGCCUAGACAUAAGAGUAGCCGGAAACUCUCAGGCUUAAGAUGCCCUGAUUUACCCCCUUAGCAGGGCUGAUUUGGUAGUUUUUACAGGAAGGAACAUCCUAGGCAAAAAAUUGUAAUUUGUUGAGAUGAUAGAAGCUUUUCUUCCUGAUACAAUUGAAUAGAGAGGUCUGUUUACCGACCCUUUCUUCUUUGACCAAGGGAACAAAAAACAAGGGAAACCUUUAGCCAUCUACAGAGCAAGGACGUGUAAAAACCUUGUUGCCAAUUGUAUGCCUUUAAACUUGUAAAGUCUGUUGCAACAUAGAUACAUUCGUUUGUGCCUUUUAUUGUC